GGAUGCAUGACUAAGCGAAAAACUAUAUUCUACACGUAUUUCUGAGGGCAAUGCUUUGUCGAACGGUCGGCAACCACUUUUUCGGAUCUUUUUCGUCAGGCUUUUCGAAGAUGUUCCCUAGCAAAGAAUCUGGAUCAGGGAAAAGCUUUUUUGAGGGCUUUACAAACUCAGCGGAGAACAAGGCUGGUGGCUUUAACUUCGGGCUCGGCAACUUUGGAGGGGGUCCUGGUGGGCCAUUUGGCGGGCUUAUUGACAAAGCCCUUGAGUGGUGUAGCAGGUCCCAUGCACUUGAUAUAGCCCGCCAAGAGGGAAUAGAUAUCCGCGAUAUCUGCUUUAAGAAAACUUCGGAUGGUGGCGUAAAUGUCAUGGUCGAUGCACCCAAUGCUAGUCAGCUACAAAUCGAGGCGUUAGGCCGUCGUGUACAAGAAGAAUGUCCUGUUGCCCGCUUUCGUAAAACGCAAGUCCGUACCCCUGAACAGCAAAUGAAAUGGUUAAGGCUCCCUGACCGGUAUGAUCGUUGAUCAGUUAUUAUUAUUAUUAUUAUAUAUCAGCCCAUAUAUAUAUAUAUAUAUUCCACGUAUAUUUUAUUGCUUGAGGGAAUGAUUUGGUUAGGUUUUCUAAGCGUCGAAUGACAUAUGUUUCCGUAUCGGAAGUCUUUUGCUUUCCUACCUCUGACCUGAACAAUGAUCUUUUUACGGUCAUAAACUUUUAAUGUGCUAAACCGUGUGCUGCUGUCAAUGGGAGCUCUAAUUCUUAACUAACGGAUACGCCCAUUUUUUUUUGGUAGGACAGAAGUUUCCGCAGAGCAGACAGACUUUGGUACAGAAAGAAGGACAAAGACAAAUAUUUGUUAAUUCAAUUAUGCUGCUAUUCUACGCUGAAGUUAGACAUCAAUCAUGACUAUCGAUGCAUUACACAAGCACCUCAUCUUCGAUACCAAGUAGUUAGUGUAUCAGAUGCUACUAGGACUUAUAUUUACUGCGGGAAAAA